UUUAUAAAGCUCGCUGACUUUGAGCACAACCAGAGACAGUUAAGGGGAGACAUUUGGAAAUGUUUGCACACUCUCAUGGCUUGCACAUCUUUCCAUUCGUCAAAUGCUCAUUAAACAUACCUAAAUAUUUAUCACAGAUCAUUGCUGUUGUGCUCUUGACUCUCUCUUCAUCGAAAGCCAAAAUGGUGAUGGUUCAUAACGGCGGAGAGCGCAUCGGGACACCGACGUCUCCAUUUACGCACGGUGAAAGCGCGUCUUUUGCGCACUUUUAAGCACGUUGGACUACUGUGUGUUUUGGGUGAUUUUGCAAUGGACGACCUCAGCAAUAUAUCACAUUCAUUGAAUUCCUCAGACCCGUUCGGUCGGGACGAAGAGGUCGCCAAAAUCGAGAUCGCGGUCCUGAGCGUCACCUUCGUGGUCGCGGUCGUCGGAAACUGCAGCGUCCUGGUGGCCAUACACAACACCAAGAAAAAGACUUCACGCAUGCAUCUGUUCAUUAAACAUCUCAGCCUGGCCGAUCUGGUGGUCGCGUUUUUCCAAGUGCUCCCACAGCUGUGCUGGGAAAUCACCUUUCGUUUCUACGGCCCGGAUUUUCUCUGCCGUAUCGUGAAGCACUUGCAGGUGAUGGGCAUGUUCGCCUCCACCUAUAUGAUGGUGAUGAUGACCCUGGACAGAUACAUCGCCAUCUGUCACCCUCUCAAGACCCUCCAGCAGUCCACCCGGAGGUCUCGCGUCAUGAUCGGAGGAACAUGGGUCGGCAGCCUGGUCCUUAGUGUCCCCCAAUACUUCAUCUUUUCUCUCAGCGAGAUCAAGAAGGGCUCGGAGGUCUACGACUGCUGGGCGCACUUCAUUCAGCCGUGGGGAGUCCAAGCCUACAUCACGUGGAUCACCGUGGGCAUUUUCCUGGUCCCUGUCAUUAUAUUAAUGACCUGUUAUGGAUUUAUCUGUCACAGCAUCAGGAAGAAUAUCAGAUAUAAAACCAAAAAGACAUCAGCUGCUGGCGCGUGCAGGAACGGGCUGGUGGGGAAGAACUCGGUCAGCAGUGUGACCACCAUAUCCAGAGCGAAGUUAAGAACCGUGAAAAUGACUUUCGUGAUUGUUCUGGCUUAUAUCAUCUGCUGGGCUCCGUUCUUCACCGUGCAGAUGUGGUCGGUCUGGGACAAAAACUUCAAAUGGGACGACUCAGAGAAUACCGCCGUGACUCUGUCUGCGCUGUUGGCCAGUCUGAACAGCUGCUGUAACCCGUGGAUCUAUAUGAUCUUCAGCGGUCAUCUCCUGCAGGACUUCGCUCACUGUUUCCCCUGCGGACACAAAAUCCAGCAGAGCUUCAGGAAAGAGGACUCGGACAGCAGCAUCCGCAGGACCACGCUGCUCACCAAGAUCACCAACCGCAGCCCCACCUGCAGCUCGGCCACCGCGAGAGAACUUGACCGGUCGCCAAAGAUCCUCAGGUCAGCUCAGACCGAGACGUAACGCCCUUUGGAAAGCCCUUUCAUCCAGACACACAAAACUGGACGCAAGUCCCAGAGGAAAUUGAAAAGUUUUGAUUUCUGUAAUAUAAAGGAAUGAAGAGAUCAAUAAGGAAAGGUCAUUCUCUGGCAGGUUUAAGCACAGACGUUUAUGAGAUCUGGCGUGUCUACUAUUUUUGGGAGAAAUAGAACUCUGCUGUGCGUGGUGCCAAACAUCACAGGUUCUCAUGACUUUCUGUUUGGGAAACGUUGGAAACAAGAAAGCAGUAAAUCUCUUGGGGGACUGUCGUACAAUCGUGAUAAGCGGGGAAAUCUGUCAAGUUUUUCCUGCGAGGUGCGUCGACUAAAACACCGUUUAUUUUGCCAGCAAUUAUUACAUCUGAGUCAACCGGACACCUUCUGCCGGGAACAGAACCAAGUUCUCACCGACGCCAAAAUAUAAGACCUGCCUCCAAAAAUAAAAUGAAUGUUGCACUAAAAUAAAACACUGAAGAAACGCUCUGAUUGAUCAGACGUCAACACACCGGACAUCACUCGUAUCGCCAAUUCUUAUUAUUUGUCGUGUAAAUCAUCUGGUUUUGCUUUUACGUGUCACAGUGCCAUAGAUGUUUAUCACACACGGAAACUUUCUGCACGGCUUUAACGCAGAACCUCAGAAGAUAUGGGCUGUGUUUUGUGAACUAUGCGUUGUGUUUUAUUGUGCUGUGUAUGACGACAGACCCGUAGAGAAUCACUGCUUCACCGCUAGAUAUCAAGUCACUGUUCACAAUCAUAAUUAUUGCAGUUGAAUGUGUUUUGAUGUAGAUAUUAAAUGUCAGAUUGUAAAGACAUGCACAAGUGUUUAUCAGAUGCUCUGUAUUUGUGUUGAUAUUAUUGUGAAUGCUCUACGUUUUCUUGCCAAACUUUAAGUGUGUUGCACGCCUCACAAAUGUCUCGGUGGAUCAAUGUGGCAAUAAAUGAAACUGUGAGGACUAUA